AUCUAACGUGUACAGGGAGUAAUUUAUAAGCAUUUUCAGUCAACAAAUAUUUUUAGAAUUUUUUAUAUAUUGUUUUGUUUAUAAUUACUUUAUUAUGAAAUAAAAUAUUUAGCAUUUUGUUAAUAAUAUUAUUUUUUUCUAUACCUAGCCUUAUUUUACAGGAGCAUAUGAAAAUUCUAAAACCCCCGUAUUAUUUUGAUAUGUUCGUUUUAAGCUGCGCAAAACAUAUUUAGCAGCACAAGAUUAAUAGAAGAAACGUGAAGAAGGCAGACAAAGAAAAAUGGUAGAAAUGAAUGUAUUUUUGAAAUAAAAAUGUUACAACAGAUUUGGCGGGUAAAAAUUUAAGACACGGUCAAGUAGAAAACACAAAACAAUCUCUCAUACGGGCAACAAAAUAUACCAAACAAACUUCAUAGUAGAAGAACAAGAGAGCACAGUUUUUUUUAUGCAUGUGUUGAUAAAACUUAACCAGCAUGUACCGUGGACCCUGCACGAGUGUUUACCUUCGUCCUAUGUCAUAUUUCUUUUUAUUUUUAACUCUAUCAAUGCAAAUGGUCUCUUUAUGUACAAGUAGUUGGUACUCUGUAAAGCAGACAGGGGUCACCAUGCAUAUGGGACUGUGGAACGUGUGUAAGGACAAAGCAGAUGUGAUUGGUCAAUGUAGUUUUUUACCUGAAUGGCGUGACGAUAUCCCAGUAGACAAUUUGACCGCUAUUCGAGCAUUAUAUUCAAUGGCGGUCAUGAUGUUGCUUGGUGCGCUUGGUUACCCACCGUUUUUUAAGCAGAUGUCUUCGAGUGUUUUAAAGAUCGAAUUUAUGGCAGUACUUGCAACCAUCGGAGGUGUGUGUUCUUUUAUCGCCAUGUUGGUGAUAACACAUCAAGUCAACAGCCUCGAUACAAAACCGAUAUUUGGUUAUUCUUAUGUCAUUGGUUGGGUAGCUACUGGCCAGUCAUUUCUAAGUGCCGGCUUAAUAUAUAUCGCAUCGAAAGAUAAUGUGUAUGUCGAAGGUAUAUAUUAACAUUAUAUUAUAAUAGACCCGAUGCUGUCGUUUCGUUUAAAAAAUGUCUUUUGUAGAGUGUACUACAAAUUGUAAAGUUUUAUAUUUUGUUAUAAAAGUUAAAUUUUCAAACGAAAUGCUA